GGCGUUCGCCGCCGGUGCCUCUCGCUCCUCGGAGCGACCCGCGAAUUACAGAAGAUUUCUGCUUCAUGAGUCUACAAAGAACAUUGGCAUCAAGCAAGUCGUAUACAGCAGGGGACAGGAGCAUCGUUUUGCUCUGCCUUUUCGCAGGAUACUUGGGAAUUCCUAGCGGAAGCUUUAACUUGCUCAAGGCCUUCGUUCACAGCAGCGGAUCAAUUUACAUCCUUCAGAAUGCAAUGUAGCAAAUGUCCUUAGUUUCAACUUUCCAUAAGUUCGAGACUUGCCCUGGAGCUGCCACCCUCGGCUGCUUAUAGAUGGUUUCUUCUCAGACAUCCUCUCUGACAGUAAAGCCGGCACAAGGACCCAAGCUCUUCACUACAAGGAUACUUCUCCCGAUGGAUCCACCGCGUGCUGUCUCAUCUGAAAAUGAUGAGUUUGAUUUCUCUGAUGUUUUUGGGUCCAGUCCUGUCCAGACGUCAGCAGAGCUAUGUGAUUUUGGUCCAGACAGCCCUGCAGCUCCAGUUGAGUCCAAUGAGGAGGUUUAUAAUGAUCCUGCUGUCAUCAUCAAGCGGUCACAUUCUCUUGUUGGCCCAUCAUCACUUGUUAGCUGCUCUUUGGGACUUAGCAAGCUCACUCUAAACAAAGCAGAUGGAUCAUCAGAACUUACUACAGAUGAAAAUGAAAUGAACGUAGAGCAGUUCAGUGAUGAGGAAAUUGGUAACGCCGUGACAGAGGAUGAAGGUGUUGGGCUUGAUGACUUUGAAAUCUUGAAGCUUGUAGGCCAAGGGGCAUUUGGCAAAGUCUUUCAGGUGAGAAAGAAGGGCACUUCAGAGAUAUAUGCCAUGAAAGUUAUGAGGAAGGACAAGAUACUGGAGAAAAACCAUUCUGAGUACAUGAAAGCUGAGAGAGACAUACUGACAAAAAUUGACCAUCCUUUUGUUGUGCAGCUGAGGUACUCGUUUCAGACCAAAUAUCGACUUUACCUUGUCCUGGACUUCAUAAACGGGGGUCAUCUCUUCUUCCAGCUGUACAAGCAAGGGUUAUUUAGGGAGGAACUUGCACGAAUCUAUACAGCUGAAAUUAUCUCUGCUGUAGCCCACCUCCAUGAUAAUGGGAUUAUGCAUAGGGAUCUUAAGCCCGAGAAUAUCCUAUUAGAUCCUGAAGGCCAUGCCAUGCUAACUGACUUUGGCCUUGCGAAAGAAUUCUGCGAGAAUACCAGAUCAAACUCGAUGUGUGGUACUCUCGAGUACAUGGCCCCAGAAAUUAUUCUUAGCCAGGGGCAUGAUAAGGCCGCGGAUUGGUGGAGUGUAGGAAUCCUCCUGUUUGAAAUGCUGACAGGGAAGCCCCCUUUUGUCGGUAACAGGGAGAAAGUUCAACAGAAGAUAGUGAAGGAGAAGUUGAAGCUUCCUUCGUUUUUGACUAGUGAAGCUCACUCACUGCUGAAAGGAUUGCUCCACAAAGAAGCUGGCAAGCGUCUGGGAACCGGACCCGGUGGCAGUGACGAGAUAAAGAAGCACAAGUGGUUCAAGCCGAUCAACUGGAGGAAGCUGGACGCCCGGGAGAUCCAGCCGAGCUUCCGGCCAGACGUUGCUGGCCUGACAUGCAUAGCUAACUUUGACGUGUGCUGGACGAAUACAUCCGUGCUGGACUCUCCCGCGGCCACCCCUGUCACAGCCGGCGGAGGGCAAGGCAACUUUGCAGGGUUCACCUACGUCAGGCCUGCCCCGUUCCUCCAGGAUCUGAAACCCUCCUCCUCUAGGUAGCUGCAAGGCUAACUGAAGCCCUCCUUCUCUGGUAGGGCAUGCCUCUGGUGUCGCAAUUUUGAUCUCGUUCGUUUGUUCACCGUGAUCUACGGCCUUUAUGAUACUAGUAUAUACCAAUUCUUGGACGUCUUGAUGUACAUUAAACUUGGUUGUGGUAAUGAAAGCAGGGAGCAAUAGCAUCUGCCUCAGUUAAUA